CACACACACAGUCACAGGACAGCAGCUGCACUGAAAGCACACACAAACACACACAAACCCACAGCCGCUCACAUGAAACAGAAAGACGCAUCAGACGGGAAGUCAGAAGAACAGAAAUCUGGAAGAAUAAGCAGCCUUACUUUAAUGGAUCACUGAAAUCAGGAGUGAAAAUGAGUAAAUCAGAGAAGUUUGGGUUCACUCUGGAGACUGACGACAGGACAAAGGAGGAGAUACUGAAAAACAGAGCAGCGCAUAAGAAUGGGGCGGGUUCGAACCUGGAGGAACCCAACGCUCCCAUGGACACUGAUUACCAGGAGGAGGCGGAGGACCCUACGCCAAGAAUCAGAUUCAAUCUCAACUUUGACAAACAGAUCCGAGGGCAGCAGCAGGAUGGCAGGAGAGACAGCAAGAGCUUUAACAUGGAGCGGCUGUUUGAGGCGGCGGCCAGCGGGGACGUCAGGAAGAUGGACGGCCUGCACCUGUACCUGCACCAGAACAUGAAGAGGCUCUCCGACUCGUUGUAUCAGUCCUACGGCAAAACCGCCCUAAUGAAAGCGCUGCUGCAUCUCAGAGACGGCAAGAACGACACGGUGGAGGUCCUGAUCGACAUCUCAGAGAAGCUGGGCGACAUUAAGGACUUUGUGAACGCGGCCUUCACCAACAGCUACUACAAAGGCCAGACAGCUCUGCACAUCGCCAUUGAGAGGAGGAGCAUGCGCUACGUCCAUCUGCUGGUCCAAAAAGGUGCAGACGUUCACGCCAAGGCGUGCGGGACUUUCUUUCAGCCACAUGACGGCCCCAGCUUUUACUUCGGCGAGCUGCCGCUGUCUCUGGCUGCCUGCACCAACCAGCCCGACGUGGUGGAGUUCCUCAUGGUGAACGAGUACCAGCGGGCGGACGCCAAGAUGGCCGACUCCCAGGGCAACACCGUGCUGCACGCCCUGGUGGUGAUCGCCGACAACUCCCGGGACAACACGGCCUUCGUCACCAGCAUGUACGACCGCGUCCUCAAGAUCGCCGCGCAGCAGCAUCCCAAGCUGAAGCUGGAGGACAUGGAGAACCACAGCGGGCUGACGCCGCUGAAAAUGGCUGCUAAAACUGGGAAGAUCGGGAUUUUCUCCCACAUCCUGCAGCGGGAAUUCCAGGAGACUCACACCAAACACCUGUCCCGCAAAUUCACCGAGUGGGUUUACGGACCCGUCCACUGCUCGCUGUACGACCUGGAGUCCGUGGACUCCUACCAGAGCAACUCGGUGGUGGACAUCCUGGUGUACGGCAGCGACAUUCCCAACCGCCACGAGAUGCUGGAGACGGAGCCGCUGAGCCGGCUGCUGGAGGAGAAGUGGAAGAGGUUCGCCGGUCGGAUGUUCUUCUUCAACUUCCUGGUCUACCUCACAUACCUGAUCGUCUUCACCAUUGUGGCCUACAAUAAGAAGAAGAAAGAGCCGCCGUUUCCACUGGAGCACGACGUGUUGGGCUACCUGUACGUCACAGGCCAGCUGCUCAUAUUCCUGGCAAACUGUUACUUCUUCGUCACCGGGAUUAUCGACAUGAAGAGGAAACGACCGAAGCUGCAGACGCUGCUGAUCGAUGGAUAUUAUGAGAUUCUCUUCUUUCUGCAGGCCGUCCUCUUCCUGGUCUCCUCUGGGCUCUAUUUGUUCGGCCGGCAGGAGUACCUGGGCUUCCUGGUGCUGUGUCUGGCUUUCAGCUGGGUGAACCUGCUCUACUACUCCAGGGGAGACAAGCACAUGGGCAUCUACAGCGUCAUGAUCCAGAAGAUGAUCCUCAGCGACAUCCUGCGAUUCCUCUUUGUCUACAUCGUCUUCCUCUUUGGAUUUUCUGCAGCCGUGGUCACCCUGCUCAUCGAGCCUCCAGCUAAAAACGUCACUGCCCCGAGCCGGAAGGGCCGCCUGUUUGGCCCCGUGGACGCCGACGAGGAGUGCGUGAAGCCGUCCUUCCGGAACAUCUCCUACACCACGCUGCAGCUCUUCAAGUUCACCAUCGGCAUGGGCGACAUGGAGUUCACCCAGGAGUACCAGUACAAGGAGGUCUUCUACGUGCUGCUCAUCGGCUACAUCAUCCUCACCUACAUCCUGCUGCUCAACAUGCUCAUCGCCCUCAUGAACCGCACCGUGGAGAAGAUCACCAUGGAGAGCGCCAGCAUCUGGAAGCUGCAGAGGGCCGUCACCAUCCUGGACAUGGAGAAGAAGCUGCCGCGCUGGCUCAGGAAGAGGCUGCGCUGCGGGGUGGAGAUAAAACUCCGCACCAAUCUCGGGACCGACGUCCGGCAGUGCUUCAGAGUGGAGGAAGUCAACUGGAACAAGUGGAACACCAACGUGGCCAAAAUCAAUGAGGACCCCGGGUGCUGGGACCGAGCCCGGCCCCCGAGCUCGGAGGGCCCCGUGCGUCGAGGGAGGAGCUGGAGAGUCUUCUUCUCUGAUGACAGCAGGCGGUGGCAGGCAUGUCAGUCCACGGAGAUGAGCACCACGCCGGUCUGAGGCUCCAGCUGAGAGCGGCGAGGCCUCCGCACCUGAACCCCGUCGCUCGGCCUCGGCUCUACAGGGAAAAGCUGCUUUUGUGACUGAUCAGAGCGAUGUGAGCAGCGGGGAGGGAACGGCGUCUCUGCUUUAAACUGAAACAUGUAUCAGAGCUGUGGCAAGUGUUUUGACUACUGAAGGGAAUCAACUUUUGUCCCAGAAUAGCUGGGACACCAUGUAAAAAGGCAAUAAAAAUGGAUGCAAUGUCAUUCAAAACCUGAUUAUAAAGAGAAA